AUGUUGAAGCUAGUGCUGCUUCUCUGGCUGGUCACGAGGACUCUGACUUCUGGACCAGAUUUCUACGACUAUUUCCAGAGUGGAGACAUGGGCACAGAGUCUCCAGGAGGAGGAGGAGGAGGAGGAAGAGGCCUGGACUCGGUCAGCAACCUGGACGAGCUCCUGCAGCUCCUCCACCCGGAGGCCAGCCGGCUGCAGCUGUGCCUGAGGAGGCGGAGCCAGACCCCCACCUCGCUGCUCCUCCACCCAGCGGGCGGCGCCCAGGAGGAGGAGCAGGUGGAGGAGGCGCUGUGGGGGAACCCCCGGCAGGAGGCCCUGAGGAGAGCCGACGGCGUCUUUGAAGUGGUCCUUGAGGAGCUCCAGCGGACCGCCUGCCGUCCCAGAGAGGUGUGCGUGGAGGUCUCCAAGGAGGCCCCGGAGCCCAGCAGCCGGCAGUACCUCCCCCGCUGCGUGGCGCUGCACCGCUGCGGGGGCUGCUGCCACCACGAGGGCGUGGCCUGCACCAACACCUCCCACCACCUGGUCAACAAGACCGUGCUGGAGCUCUCUCCUCUGAUGGAGCGUCUGGUUGUCACGGUGACCUUCGUCAACCACACGUCCUGUGAAUGCGUGAGCAAGCGUCCGCUGAGGACCGUCAUCAGACGCCACGCGCCCCCCCUCUGCCCCCCUCCGCAGGCUCCCUGUUCUCCAGGACUAUUCUGGGAUGCCGAAGGCUGCGAGUGCGCCCCUGACGACGGUAGCCACCCGGUCAGAGACCUGGGCGCCUUUGCCACGGGGCCACUGGCCUUGUGCGGCCCCCGCCGGGCCCUGGACGACGCCAGCUGUGAGUGCGUGUGUCGCAACGGCCUGACGGACAGCAGCUGUGAGCCGGGCUGGAGGCUGGACCACGACACCUGUGAGUGCCAGUGUGAGGAGCAGGUAGAGGGGCGGGGCUGUCCGUCUGGCCAGCGCUGGGAGGCGGAGCUCUGUGGGUGUGUCUGCGCGGCCCGUUGCCCUGGCGACCAGCCCCUGAACCCGGACACCUGCCUCUGCCAGUGCCGGGAGAGCCCUCAGAGCUGUCUGCGGCAGGGCAAGAGGUUCAACACACACACCUGCAGUUGCUAUCGGUUACCGUGCAGGAAGUCCAAGCGAGGAUGUCCGCGAGGGUUCUACUACAGCUCACAGGUGUGUCAGUGCAUCCCCACCUACAUGAGGCCGGCCUGGAACUGACCAAUCACAGACCAGCACACCUGGGACAGGCCAAUCGCAGACCAGCACACCCUGGAACUGACCCAUCACAGACCAAGACACCCUGGGAUGGGCCAACCACAGACAGGCACAUCGUGGGACGGACCAAUCACAGACAGGCACAUCGUGGGACGGACCAAUCCCAUGGGGGGAGUGCGAGAGCUCCUCUGUCUGGACUGGAGCCACAGGAGAAGUCUCCACCUUCCUUUGUGUUCAACACUUUGUUCAGCGACCAGAAUUAACCUGUUCCCUCCCUCUCCGUUGGACUACUGCUUAUUUAUGUAUCUGAUAUAUUUGUUGUAUUUUAACUUUAUAUUGAAAAUAUGACAGACAAAGUACUGUCACUACAGUACUGCUACCACAGACAGACUUUUACCACAGGGUACUUACAGGUGUAGUAACAGUCCUGUUACUACACCUGUAAGUACCAAGUAGUUUUUACAGUACUGUUACUACAGAGUACUGGAUAUACUGUAUGUGUUGCGUCUCCCAUAGCGAAGAAUUUAACAACAAUGAGUUCAACCUUCUAGACAUUUGAGAUUCUGAGUGGGUUCUAAUGAAGCAAUGUUUCAAAAAACCAUCACUGAAGCAGCAGCAGUGAAACCGUUGCGGCAGAAUCUCUCUGUAUUUUAAGACUUUUGUGUCGCAAAUAUUGUAUGUCUGUAUGUCUGUAGGGGAGAUUGGGGUAAGAUGAGCCAACUUUUACUCAUGUCGUCCUCUAGGCAAGCAAAAAUAAGACUGAUGUCAAAUGAGACAUCUACCUUUAUUUCAGGAUGUCCCCUGUCAAUCAAAAUGAUAACAAUGCAUUUAAGACAUAAGUCUUCGGGGUAAGUUGAGCCAUCUUGGGGUAAAUUUAACAAUUUACUUUUUCAAGUCCUUUUCCAAAUAGCCUUAUUUAUUCGCCUACGGUGACUUUAAACCAUAUAAAACCUGGCACUAUUUCUGCAUUUUGUUACUUCUCUGUUGGAUUUUCACCAUCAGUGGCUGCUCUCUCAAUCUCCUUUCUCACUAUCUUUGCAUUAUAGCUUUUCUACAAUGUGUGUAAAAUAUGAAAAACCAAAUCAGUUGCGUAACACUACAAUGAAAUACCACUUUAUACUUCAGAGCAUCAUGGUGGGGCAGGUUGAACAACUCACUUUGCCCCACCGCCACCAUUUUGGAAAAUGCCUGGUUGAACAAUUCAGGCUAAUCUUUAGCUAAAUUACUCCCCUGGUUUUAUACCGUGGCAAAUCAAAUCAAGCAGGUAGGAAAAAAACCUACCUGCAACUUUACCAUGUGCUUCUCGCCAUCACAGCCAGAUAUAAAUUAUGGGGGCUUCCUGAAUUGAUGUGUAGUUUCCAAAAUACAUGGGAUGGGUCAACUCACCCACUGGCUCAUCCUACCCCACGCUCCCCUUACUCUAAACCCAGGGGUACCCCUCUGUUACUAUAAAGACUAAACCCAGGGGUACCCCUCUGUUACUAUAAAGACUAAACCCAGGGGUACCCCUCUGUUACUAUAAAGACUAAACCCAGGGGUACCCCGUUACUAUAAAGACUAAACCCAGGGGUACCCCUCUGUUACUAUAAAGACUAAACCCAGGGGUACCCCUGUUACUAUAAAGACUAAACCCAGGGGUACCCCUCUGUUACUAUAAAGACUAAACCCAGGGGUACCCCCGUUACUAUAAAGACUAAACCCAGGGGUACCCCUCUGUUACUAUAAAGACUAAACCCAGGGGAACCCCCGUUACUAUAAAGACUAAACCCAGGGGUACCCCUGUUACUAUAAAGACUAAACUCAGGGGUACCCCUCUGUUACUAUAAAGACUAAACCCAGGGGUACCCCUCUGUUACCAUAAAGACUAAACCCAGGGGUACCCCCGUUACUAUAAAGACUAAACCCAGGGGUACCCCUCUGUUACUAUAAAGACUAAACCCAGGGGUACCCCUCUGUUACUAUAAAGACUAAACCCAGGGGUACCCCUCUGUUACUAUAAAGACUAAACCCAGGGGUACCCCUCUGUUACUAUAAAGACUAAACCCAGGGGUACCCCUCUGUUACUAUAAAGACUAAACCCAGGGGUACCCCUCUGUUACUAUAAAGACUAAACACCCUUAGGCUUUAUUAUACAACGACAAUAAAACAACGUGGUGUCGCUUCUGUAAUUUUAGAUACGACUAAAACAGGGGUACCCCUUCUGUUACUUUAGAUACGACUAAAACAGGGGUACCCCUUCUGUUACUUUAGAUACGACUAAAACAGGGGUACCCCUUCUGUUACUUUAGAUACGACUAAAACAGGGGUACCCCUUCUGUUUCUUUAGAUACGACUAAAACAGGGGUACCCCUUCUGUUACUUUAGAUACGACUAAAACAGGGGUACCCCUUCUGUUACUUUAGAUAAGACUAAAACAGGGGUACCCCUUCUGUUACUUUAGAUACGACUAAAACAGGGGUACCGCCUGUUGAUCUUUGGCACAAAAUAUUUGAUUCUACGAUCUCCAACCGAGCGUCGGCCCCUAAAUGGCCGACUCCGUCUAGAGCUAGAAGAUUACAAUACAAAAAAAACGACGAUAACAUUUGCCCCCCUUAAUGCCAACAUACAAUACCGAACACGAUCAGUAAAGCGGUAUUCAUCUGACUCAAGCGCUGUAACGUGAACAGUACAGUGCGAUAGACCGAUACGAAUGUCGAUGGAAGUCAAAGAAUACAAAAGAAACCAAGGAAUGUUUUGAGGUUUACGGUUAAAAAUUCAACAGCAACGCUGAAUUAGUUUUAUUGUGAUUCAACAGUGUUAUAAAAUCCCAGGCCUGCAACCCGUAUACAAUACACCCUUGUAUAUACUUAUAUAUAAGCCAAACUCUUCAAAUAUUUACAAAAGAUAGAAAAUAAAGCCUGCCAAUAAAUUAAACCGGUCGCUUCACUAGAAACGCUCAAAAGAUACGUCUUCAAACCACAGUCCUCGUAACCGACGUGCAAAACAGACAGUCCUCGUAAGAGACGGUCAAUCCGGACAGUCCUGAUGUCCUGGGCCCAGUGUCUCAAAAGAUAUCCAGGGGGAUUUCGGAUCACAGAUCGGAUCAAAUAUUGGAAAUGGGUUUUUCAAAGCUAGAGGGAUUCCAAACUAAAAUCAGAUAAUGUAAACCGAUCUUACAUUUGAUCUGGAUCAAACCUGCCCUUUUGUUUUUUUAAAACUUCUGACUCGGUUUGGGAUCCAUUUGAUAGGUCCCCUUUAAAAAGUGGCAUAAAAGUAUGACUGAUCAGACGAUCCUGGAUAGCAAAACAUGCAGUGACAACGCUCCCAGGACGCAGUGGCACUGCUCCCAGGACGCAGUGGCAACGCUCCCAGGACGCAGUGACACUGCUCCCAGGACGC